AUGUUAUUUGAAGAAUGUUUCCUUGAUUUGUUAAUGUUGCCCCUUUUUGUACACAGGAGACUAAAUGUUCGAGUGAAUAUUGAGCUACUAUCAAUUUCUAAUCCUAUUCAUAAAAAGGAUUUAGCUGUCCGAUUGACUGAUGAUACUGAUCCUUUUUUUCUUUAUAAUCUUGUCCUAUCUGAGGAAGACUUUCAAAGUUUAAAAUCCCAGCAGGGUCUCUUGGUAGACUUUUCUGCUUUCCCACAAAAAUUUAUAGAUCUGCUUCAACAAUGUAUUCAGGAACAGAACAAAGAUAUCCCAAGGUUUUUGCUGCAGUUAGUUUCUUCCGCAUCUGUUCUAGAUCACACACCUGUCUCUUUAAAUGUGGUGGAGACAAACCCUUUCAAACACCUUACACAUCUCUCUCUAAAAUUCCUACCUGGAAACGAUGCAGAAAUAAAGAAGUUUUUAGCAAGCUGUUUGAAAUGCCUUAAGGAAGACAAAGAGAUGUUGGAACAAAAGCUUAGAAAAACUGAAGAGGACUUUACCAGACAAUUGAGCUAUACUCAGCAGAGCUUGUCAGAGAAGAGCCAAGAACUAGACAAACUGAAAAAUGAAUGGACAACGUAUACCACAGCUCUAACACAUACACACACGCAGGAACUGACAAAUGAAAAGGAAAGAGCUCUCCAGGCACAAGCUCAGUACCAGCAACAGCAUGAACAGCAGAAAAAGGAAUUAGAAAGUUUGCAUCAGAAGAGUAUUCAGCAAUUGCAGAACAGACUCUCAGAACUGGAGGUCAUCAAUAAAGAUCUAACAGAAAGGAGAUAUAAAGGAGACUCCACAGUCAGAGAACUAAAAGCAAAGCUCUCUGGAGUAGAAGAUGAAUGCCAGAGAGCAAAGCAGGAGGUGCUGUCACUGCGUCGGGAGAAUACUACUCUGGAUGCUGAGUGUCACGAAAAAGAGAAACUCAUUAAUCAGUUACAAACACGGGUUGCUGUUCUGGAACAAGAGAUCAAAGAUAAGGAUCAACUGGUUGUUAGAACAAAAGAAGUAUUAGAUGCAACACAAGAGCAAAAGGUGAUACUGGAAGAGAGUACAGAAAAGAAACAAAGUCAUAUCGAAAAACUUGAGACAACAAUUAAGUCACUGUCAGCUGAACUUCUUAAGGCUAAUGAAAUCAUCAAGAAAUUGCAAGGAGAUUUGAAAACUCUAAUGAGUAAACUGAAAUUGAAAAAUACAGUAACAAUUCAGCAAGAAAAGCUGUUGUCGGAAAAAGAAGAGAGACUUCAAAAACAGCAGAGAGAAUUGCAGGAAACUGGACAAUCUCUUCAAAUGAAAGAGCAGGAGGUUUGCAAGCUACAAGAACAGCUAGAAACUACAAUACAAAAAUUGGAAGAAAGUAAGCAGUUAUUAAAAACUAAUGAAAAUGUAAUCACAUGGCUAAACAAACAGCUGAAUGAAAUUCAGACGGCAAGGAAGUUAGAGACUUCUAGCAGUCCACAUGGUGGUGUUAGGACUGGCAUUUCACCUCAAGGCAUGCUUGACCGACCAUCCUUUCCUAGCUCAGGAGUCAGUCAUCCCGUUUCUCCUCUGUAUGCAUUCCAGAACUUUCUUGAACCAGCAUGCAGCAAAAGUGCCAAUCCACAAUGUCCAGGACCAAAGAUUCAGUUUAAUGCACAGCUUUCGAAAAUGAACCGAUGUGCAGAUGUUCAGACAGUGACUACUGCAACUGGUCAUCCAGCAAAUAAAGAGAAUGGUGAUAAUUUUGGGCUGGAACCGAAGUACUUCAAGAAAAAAGACGACAGCAUUCCUUUACGAGGGCUUAGCCAAAAUACCCUUAACUCAGAGUAUUUGAAAGCCUACUUGUCAACCAAAGCACAGCCAUCACCAAAAGCAGCAGUAACAACAGCCUCUGCUUAUUUUCCUGGAUAGUAGACAGUGUUUUAAAGGAAGAGUUCUCUUAACCCAUUCAGGGGAUUCUUGGAUGUCCCAGAACUAAGAUGUUAAAUAACGCCUUAAAGGUGAUGUAUCAAUGUGAACUGACUUCUACUAAGACUGAUUCGGCUUUCUUUCAGAAAGUUAUUUUGACUAAUUUGGAUUACCUUUCAGGAUACUUUUAAGGCAAUGCAGGAAAGAUUAAACUUUUUACAAGCCCUUUCAGCCUUAAAGGCAGCGUCUCUGUAGUUAGUCAUGGGACCUGCACGGACUUUUGGCUUGGUAUUAGAGAACCUAUAGUCUUCCUGGAAAAAAAACAUGUAAGAGCAAUUACUUUUUUGUUCUUGUAGGAAUGGGCAAGUGUGGCUCUGUAACAGAUGAACUGUAUACUCUGGCAUUCUGUGCUAGGAAAGGUAUUUCUAUACGAGUACUUCUCCUGACUGACUGACUUGAGAGGGGAUAAGGCAGUAGUUCUCCAGCAGUUUCUGGAUGAAACUGUCAUUUUUCUGAUGCACUAAUGUACAGUACUGCCCCCUCCCCAUUUUUAUUCUGAAAACUUGCUUGAUUUGAGAAACGGGUUAUUUGAGUAAUAAGUAAGUUCAUGUAGGCUUGCAAAUAAGCUGGUUAACACCAAGGAUCCUAAGUAGUGGAAUCAUGUUACAACUUCAUUCUGUUUGUUAGCUUUCAUUCGGUGUCUCAAUAAAGAACUGGCAUGCAAGUUUUUUUUUUUUUUAAAGCCCAAAAUACAUACAUAUUUUUCAAAGACUGUUUACAUACAUACAGUUCCAAAAUAUCAAACUAAGGUGAAAAGUAUGAAAUCUUUAAGUGUAUCUACCUGAUGGUGUACUUAAAUUACUUGUUUUGCAGUGUAAAAUGUGUAUAUAGUGAUCAUUAAUGUAUAUGCACCUGUUUUGAGAUGUACAAAUUUAAGUAGAUAUAUUAAAUGGUUUUUAUCAAUUCUCUGUUGUAAUUAGUUACUCUAAACUAAUUGGUUACAUUAAACUAACAUCUCCAUUCUAGUGAAAUAUCAAUAUGAAGUAAGUCUCAUAAUAGUAUUAUUUAUUCACCUUACCUUUCUCUGGAGUUUACUUCCCAGCUCAUUCUUUCCCCAUGCAAUACUGCACUGCUAGACCAGCACUGUGAGAUGUACUGCCAGUACAGUCUGCAGCUGACAGCCACCCUGAUCUAAGGUCUGUACUUCUACUAUUUCUAGUUUUAUCUAUCUUAGGCAGAUGGUAAAUAUAAAUGAAUGUGAAUUUAGUCUGUUUAUUUUGAAAUCCAUAAGCUGCUAUCAAACAGCACUCUAGUAAUUAAGAUGUGAUCUUUUUCUGUAACUCAGUCCUAUUAAUUUAGAUUAAUAUGAGGACUGGAAAGACCAACACAAAUUAAUUUCAGUAUAAGGGUUGUGCAAAACUGCAGCAUACUAAAGGUUUAUUAUUGACUAGUUUAUGUGGACUGUUUAUAUAUAUGUAUGUAUGUGUAUAAACAAUUUAUUCCAUUAUAGCUCUGUGAGGGAAAUACAAACAUCUGCAGCCAGUUUACGCUGCUAAAUGAAAUGAAAAGUCUCUGUGAUAGGCACAAUCCUGUAAUCUAACAAACAGCUAAAAAUAGAACACUGGACU